AGUUAAGUAGAGUUAACAAAUAUUCUCCAAAUUUCUAUCAAAUACUUUGAAUUGACUUUGAUAGAUUUUAUUGAUUUUUAUGGAUUUGCAUAAUAUAUUAUUUUCAAAAUAUUUCUUCUUAUAAGGCAAUGUAUAAUAAUCUCUUCAGAACAUUUCCAAAAAUAAAAUCUCGAGUAAACCAUAUACAAACAUGCCCAUAUCUUCUUCUCUUCUCCUUCUCCUUUUCUCCUUCUUCUUCUCCUGUCCAGCUACAUACAGGUAUCUAUUUCUAGCUCUUUUUAUAUUCAGUAGAAUAAAAUUAUUUUCCAGCCACCAUUGUUGACCAUUGUGUAUUAUUAUUCUACGUAUUGCUUUGUGUUUUGACUUCUUUUUGUGACUUUCCUCAUUUGAUUUUUGCUAGCCUGUGUUUUUGUCUUCAGUUCGAAUGUUUUUUAUUCGAUUGUUAAUUAUUUAUACUAACUAUAGUUAGUUCUUGAAUAAGAUUACAAUGGAGGAUAAGGAAAAAGGUAAAUAUAAUUCCUGGACUCAGGAUGAAACGAAAGUAUUGAUUGAAUUGCUUGUGGAGGGAAUUAAACGUGGAUGGCGUGAUUCUAGUGGUAUAAUAAACAAGGCAACGGUAGAAAAUAAAAUACUACCAGUCCUCAAUGAAAGAGUUGGAUGCCAGAAACUCCACAAGCAUUAUCAAAGUAGGAUAAAGUUUUUGAAAAACCUAUACAAUAGCUAUGUUGAUCUUCAACGUAAUAGCUCUGGAUUUGGAUGGGAUUUUGAAACAAAAAGGUUUACAGCUUCUGAAGAAGUGUGGCAAGGAUAUUUGAAGGCACAUCCAAACCACCAGUAUAUGCGCUAUGACUCACAUGAACAGUUUGAAGAUUUGAAGAUAAUCUUUGAUGGUACAACUGCCAAUGGUGGCAAUUCACUUGGAUUAAGUGAUACUACUGAUGCUAGUACUUACCUUGUUGGUGAUUAUCAAGUGAAAGAAAAGUUUGGUGAAAGCAGUGAUGAUGUUACUGAUGUGGCUUUUGUUUCAAAACAAAGUCUGAAAGGUCAUAGAGAAAAACUGAUCCCAAGAAAGAGGUCCAGAACUGACGCAUGCUACAAUUCAGAGGAGCUGAAGAAUGAUGACAAUGAUUCCAUUGUUGCUGUGAGCAAUAAGAUCCUUAAUAUCAUACAACAAAGGGAAGAGAGACAACAAAAAGAAGCUGAAAAAAGAGAGGAGAAACUCAGAUUGGAAGCUGAGCAACAAGAAGCUGAAAAAAAGAAAAACAAUGUUUGGGAUGCCAUGAAAGAGAUCACUAAUUUGGACCAGCGUACCAAAUUUAAAGCUGUGACUCUUAUCUAUUCCUUGGGGAUGAAAGAUGUUUUUGCAGAAAUGUCGGUAGAAGAACGCUUUGGUUGGAUCCAAACCAAUCUUAGCUAGAACUGAUCAUUGCUUCAGCUACAAGUGAUCCUUGUUUUAAUUUUAUAUUUAUUUGUUUUUAAUGAUAUUUGAGACUUUUUUUGAAUUUGCUUGAUUAAUAAUAAUAUAGAUUUUGAUAAAUCGGUUCUCCCUGAUGUGGUUUUCUCGUUUCAGCAUAAUAGUUGUUUGUUUGAUUUAACAGCUUUUUGUUGUGUGAUGUCAUGAUUUAUAACUGCAUGUUUCACUUGUUUACAAAAGUCGUAAGUUCUUUACGUUAUGCUACGUCUUUAUCUCUAAGCCAUUACUCUAAUAAUAUUAUUACAUGUAUGUAGGUGUGUUGUCAUGGUAGUGAUCAUAGAAGAAGAAGCAAACAAUAUGGAAGAUGACGAAACAGAUUUGGAUAUCAUGCUCGUAAUGCUGGAUAACCUAGCAAGAGCCUCUACAACCCAUAUGAAUCGCAUUGAACGUCCUCUUCGUCGGCCAAUCAAGAACAUUGGUUAUGAUUACAUUCAAAAAGCAUUGAAGGAAGAACCGGCACACUUUCGAUCUUUAUAUCGUAUGUAUCCAAGCUCAUUUCUCAAGCUGUGUGAUCUUAUUAGGGUGAAAACUUGUCUGCGAGAUACUCGCAAUAUAUGCGUCGAAGAGAUGGUGGCUACAUUUCUCUUAACUAUUGGCCAGAGUUAAAAAUAUUGUUACACAAUAGACACGUUCAAGAGAUCAGUAUUUGCCACUAGUGAGAACUUCCAUAAGGUUCUAAAAUCACUGAAUACUUUAGCGCCAGACCUGAUGGCGAAGCCUGGAGUGACAACAUGUGCAAAGAUAAGAGAGAGCACAAGGUUUUAUCCUUACUUCAAGGUACAUAGUUCUGAUUUUGUCUAAAGUAUUAUUAAUAAAAG